AUGGACAGGAACAGUAUAAAGAAGAAGAAGAAGAAGAUCAAGAGCGAGGAGGUUGCAGAUCGCAAGAUCCCAAAGUUGGCGCUGAUCGAUUUGCCCCCGUCCACCGCGGGGUUUCCACCUCAAAACAAAAUGCGCCAAGCCUACUUGUUUACUUCCCGGUCCUGCUGCCUCCCUUUUUUCGACCUGGUGCGGACGGAGACGACAAACUACACCCGUUGCUUUGGGCACCAAAGAAACCAAUCCACCAUCGGUAAGCCCGGAGGAAGAUUUCUCAGGCCUCGAGGCACUCCGUUCUUGCGCAUUUGGUCGAUUGUUGAGUCCGGCCGUCGCAUUCGCUGGAUCCUCUGUGCAACUGUCGCUAACCGCCUCGAUUUGAAAGAUUUACGACCUCGUUUCACCGUAAUUUUGACCAUAUCGAACUCCCCUAGCCAUGGCCGAGGAACAGGACUUCUCUUCGCUACCGUUACCCGACCGGUUUUCACACAAGUACGAAAAGAAGGCUACGAAGAUGCAAAGGCACAAUUCGAGAAGAGCCCUGAUGAAUCAGACCCUGUGUUCACGCCAUUCUUACAAGACCCCAGUCUGUGGAAAGGGGCUGUCGCAGAUUCGAAUGUCGCCGCGCAGGUAGAAGGCUUGAGCUCAUACUGCUCAUUUCUGAAGUUCGGAGGGGCGCAGGCAUGUUCAAGGACUCGAAACCUCACGAUCGGCCCGAUUGCGGAGAAGGGACUGCCGUGUGCCAGACCGGCGGGUAAAGCCAGUGCCCAAGAGGCCUUAUUGCUAUGCAUCGAACUAGAUAAAGCCGACCCAGUGCUCGAAGAUCUUUUACCCACACUAUCUCACAAAGUACCUAAAGUGAUUGCGGGAACCUUAGCAGCAUUGACGGUCCUCUAUCAUAACUUCGGAUGCAAGAUUGUGGACCCCAAGCCCACUUUGAAGGCCCUCCCAAAGGUUUUUGGACAUGCCGACAAAAACGUGCGUGCUGAAGCCCAAACCCUCACAGUUGAACUAUACCGCUGGCUUCGCGACGCGAUCAAGCCUCUCUUUUGGGCCGAUUUGAAACCCGUGCAGCAGCAAGACCUGGAGAAACUCUUCGAGAGUGUAAAAUCAGAGCCUACUCCUAAACAAGAACGUCUUACUCGUGCCCAGCAAGAUGCGAUGGCUACGGCUAGUGCUGCCGGCCCGGCUGAGGGUGGAGCAGAGGAGGAUGGUGGUGAAGACUUCGGUGAAGAAGAAGAGGAGGAACUCGAUCUUGCAGAACCCAUCGACGUCAUGCCGAAGAUCCCAAAGAAUACCCACGAACAGAUCGCCUCAUCGAAGUGGAAAGAUCGCAAAGAGGCUCUAGAUGCUCUCUAUAAUGCGAUUAAUGUCCCUCGGAUCAAAGACGGCCCUUUCGAUGAAAUUAUGAGGGAUUUGGCUAAGAGCAUGAAAGAUGCCAAUAUCGGUGUCGUGACAGUUGCCGCCAAUUGUGUGGAGUUGCUAGCUAGGGGCCUGCGCGAUGGCUUCAUGAAAUAUAGAACGGUCAUUAUGGUGCCCAUGCUGGAGCGGUUGAAGGAGAAGAAGCAGUCAGUGGCCGACGCUCUCGGGCAAGCACUGGAUGCGGUCUUCCUGGCUACAAACCUCUCUGACUGCCUCGAAGAUAUUCUCGAACAUCUCAAGCACAAGAAUCCGCAAGUGAAGCAGGAGACCCUCAAGUUUCUUAUUCGCUGCCUGCGCACCACUAGGACUGUCCCAGCCAAGCCAGAGAUCAAAUCAGUUGCUGAUGCUGGAACAAAACUGUUGACAGAAUCUACAGAGACCGUCCGAUCAGGUGGUGCGGAGAUUCUAGGUACGCUGAUGAAGAUUCUGGGGGAAAGAGCCAUGAACCCCUAUCUGGAUGGACUCGAUGAGAUUCGAAAAACCAAGAUCAAGGAAUAUUAUGAGACUGCUGAGGUCAAGGCCAAGGACCGGCCAAAGCCGAUUGUUGCGCCUCCCAAGCCUGCGCCGGCCGCUAAGAAAGCCGUUCCUGGUAAAAAGCCACCGAUGGGACUCAAGAAAUCAACCCCGGCAGCGGCUCCUGCACCACCUCCUGAAGACUCCCCGUCUAAGCCUGCGCCCAGGGCCAUUCCCUCGAAGCUCGGUGCUCCCAAGGCCGGCGGCAUUGCCCCGCCCGGGUCGAAGCUGCGUAGCAAGCUCGGGGGCCCAGGAGGCUUGGCUUCACCCCAAAGGCGACCGAAGAAGCGGAUCCCCCCUCCUGCAGCACCAAAAUUUGGCCUUGGCCGCGGCCUUGCAGGUCGGCCUAUCGCGAAGCCUUCAGCCCCUGCUGAGCCCGCGCCCGCACCCGCUGCACCCGCCUUUAAUGCCAUCUCAGCUGCAGAGCGUGCCGAGCUAGAGGAACUCCGCGCAGAGAAAGAGAAGUUCACUCGCGUCAUCGAGGACAUGAAGUCUGAACGAGCCAAAUUCAAUUCUCAGCUUACAGAACUGCAAAACCAAAAUGCGCAACUCAUCGAAGACCACACUCGAGACGUUCUGAGUAUUAAGGCCAAAGAGACCCAACUCGUGCGAGCUCGCAGUGAUGCGGAGGCCGCCGAGGCCAAUGUCCAGAAGCAACAACGCGAGAUUGAGCGCUUGAAGCGGGAACUGGCUCGAGCUCUCCGUGCGACUGCUAUGAGUCCCUCUGCCACGUUGUCUGACACUGGUAGCAUUGGCAUGGCGGAGUCCACUUCGAUAUAUCAAGAACCUGUCGGCAACGGUCAAUCUGCUGCGGCGCGUUCUGGCCUCCAUAUGGGAGCCAGGUUUGAAGGUGGUCGUCCUCGGAGCUACGCCUCCGCUAGUCCCAGCGAAGAGAAGGAAAACAAUGGACUCGACUCCCCAGGUCUUGGUAGCCGGGAAGGGGGCCUUGGCCGUCGUAAACUGAGUCCAACCUACGGCUUGUCCGGCAUUGCCAGCCCAACCCGAUCAUCUCGGGGCUCUCUUAACCCCACAGAUGACGAGCAACCGCGGUCUGCGGAGCCGGCGGAGAACUGGAAGCGAGCUGCUGAAGUCACAAGCCAACUGAAGGCUAGGAUUGAGCAAAUGAAGGUAUGUUCCCUCAGCAACCUGCGAGCAGACUAUGUACUCACGAUGGAAUAG